AUGUUUACUGUGAAAGUCACAAGUUGCUGCAAGCUGGAUUUAAUCGAUUCGCAAACUUCGCACGUCGAAGGCUCAUAUGCCGUUGGGCUGAACCACCCAGCCAAAGAGCUAGGUGCAACUGCGACGAUCGUCUCCUGCCAGACAGCACCAAGUCUAGCUAUUCUCCUCUUUCCCAGCAUCGAACAAAGGCCACCAACAACGAGCAAUACCAGAACCGCCGGGAUCGUUGGAGUCGACAGAGACCACCUGCGGACAGUGCAUCCCCCCCGAUCGCCAACGUCGGGCAUCGUCUUAUUGAAGGCCCCAUCGUCUCCAAGGGGCAGGACGUCGGCGCACCCGCGAUCGUCGCAGCCAAAGACGAUGAGACCGGAGGGCACAAACGUCUCGACGAUGCUCGAUUAUCCGCGCUUCAACAGCUUGCGGUCAGCAUCGAGCGCCUUGGCAUACACUCAGCCCAUCGAUCCCGUCAGCGUAUAUCCCGUCUCAAAGCCCGUCUUGUUUGCUGUGCCAAUGAGCUCCCACGGUCCCGUCGACGUGUCUGCGGUGUAGAAGUUGCAGGAGCGGACUUUCGUUGCGUCGUUCCAGCUGACACAGAAGACCAUGUUGCUAGCCGUGGUCGCCCCAGUCAAUGAAGACGCCCUGAUUCUUCUUGAGGAUCUGCAUGCUGCCUUGAGGAUCUGCAUGCUGCCUUGAGGAUCUGCAUGUUGCCUUGAUGAUCUGCAUGCUGCCUUGAGGAUCUGCAUGCUGCCUUGAGGAUCUGCACGCUAUCGUAAGUGUACGGCCUUGGGUCCGUGUCCCAGUAUGGCGCAAGGAAGAUGUAACCCGGGGCCCGAAGUUCCGGCCUGAGGAUAUCGAAACUGAUGAUGGGAGCGUGAAGAUCCGGUCGCUAAGUAG